AUGCAACUUGCAAUUCGCCCCACGAUUUGGCUUCGCCUUACGCCGCAUUUCGACUCCCUAGGCGUGAGCGCCCUCUCGGUGCGUCUGGAGAUCUUCCAAGAAUUUCCUACUGGACAACCGAUGUUUGUCUUCAACACCUUCUUGGACAAUGUACCAGCCCCUCCUUUAGAAGAAUCGGACGUCAUCGCCAUUGACGACCAAGGAGCACUUCCAUUCAAGUUCGUCAACAUCCCCACCAAGGGCCGCAAUCGACAGCAGCACUGGUGUCCGGUUCGCGCAGUAAAGGGAACCCUUGUCAUAGCUUACGAUGUAUCUGCUCGUAAAGUUGACAAGUUCACGCCGGUAGGAACCCGGAUCGACCUCCGGCGAGACCAGGGUGGGCUUCAAGGUGUUGGCAAAUGGUUCCUCCCACAGCUCAUUUCGGACCUCACUUACACCAAUGUUGUGGAAUGGCGGCUGCCAUCCAAUGCUCCUCAAGAAACAAGAUGUCUUUGGAGCUUUGGAGAGGGUCCCAAGGCUAUUAAACGAGUCGGAAAGUCGGAUGCAAUCUGGGAUUCCGUCUAUAUGGCUGGGCCGAUCCGCAGCUACCCUGAGACCAAACCAGAGUUCUAUAACUCCGAGGGAUUCUCAGUAUGCCAUUGGUUUGGGUCCCUACCUGAAAACCUCGACCGGAUCAAGGGUUACAAUACCGAAUUAUUCCCGAGAAUGAUGGCUCAUUUUAGAUCUCACGAUGAGACUUACCAUGUUUUCAUUCGCAAGGUGCCCUUUGGCUAUGGAGGUACAGGCUUUCUCUCAAGUUACGUGUUGGAAUACGACGAAACGAUUCAUGCAGCAUCUGAUGAUGCCCUCACUCGUCUUUUCACACAUGAAAUGGUUCAUAGCUUUUCGAAAAUGGAUCAUGAAGACGGCGGCUACGACAAUGCGUGGUUCACAGAAGGCAUUGCUGAGUUCUACUCAGCGUUGUUACCGUAUCGCUUCGGCCUUCGCCCAAGGGGGUACUGGGCCGACAGCAUCAACUCCCACGUGCGCGGUUAUUUUACCAGUCCGCGUAUUAAUAUGGAUAUGCAUUAUGCCAUGAAGGCAUUCUUCGAUGAGUGGUACGUAGAUUGGAUUGCAUACAAACGUGGAUGCUCCUAUUUGGUUCUGCUCGAUGCUAUCUUGCGACGGGCGAGUGGCAAAUUCGACAUCACCACCCUUGGACCUUUAGAUGACAUAGUCAUUGAUAUGGCUCAACGAACCAAACGCGGUGAAAUGAUCCGAUCAAAUGAGUGGUUUGGAUAUCUGCGACGAUUUCUUGGUGAAGGUGACUUCCCAUUCGAAGAGCAUUUCUAUGGGAUGAUCAGGGGAGAAACCCUGGACUUUAGCAUGAUUGCCGGUCAUCCAACAUAUCGGUUCUUCCGUUGUGACAGAAGAAUCCUGGAAUAUGGACUUGAUCGAAGCAGUCUGCGGACUCGACACAUCACCGGAGUGAUUAAGGAUUCUCCACCUGAUCGUGCAGGCAUAAAGGACGGCGAUGUCAUUGUGAAAGCGUCUAAUCAUAACCAAUGCGCGGAGGACAUUCACGCGAAAAUGACAUUGGUGUUGCAAAAGGGUGAUAGAGAGGAGACAAUAGUCUAUCUUCCUCGAUUGGAUCAGACGACAUUAAGCUACGAGCUGCCGCAAGAGGAAGCAUGA